AGAAAUCCUGACAAUCCUCACGCCGUGUGCUGCCGCGUCCAAGUCUGUGCAUGUUCAGCCCAUCACGGUAACAGCUCAGCAUCAACUCGUCUCGACGUGCUCGCCGUCUACAGGAUGCAUCCGCGGCAAGUGCACAACCGGAUACACAAUGCAGACCUUCGCCUGGGUCUCGACGGUGAUUCCCUGCGCCUGGGACGGAACGACCUCCUCUUCCUGUACCGUCACGAAGACUGAUCAACCGGUCACGGUCAGCCGAACAUCAGCCUUGUCAACUUCAAGUUUUAUGCCGCAUCGCUCCAGUGCAGCAGCCCACAUGAACGUUGACAACCCUUUUAUACCAUUGGCGUCUUCGCAUGCAGUUGGGAAAGUCUGGGAGGCCGAGUGGAAAUGGUGGGCUGUGCGCUAUGAUCAGCUGGGACCGUUCGCAAUGCCUGGAUAUGAGGGCAGUGGUCUUUGCAGCAGUGCUUGUGCAAAGCAGCAGGACGACACCUUUCACCAAAGCCUGAACGUUACUGUCUGCAUGAAACGGAAUCUCAAGUCGAGCCCAGUUUGCGGUCGAUACUGCGAGAAAUGGAUUGCUUUGCCCGCGCCGGAGCGCGAGGCCGAGCCCGAUACCACGACUCCAGCUUGGAUAUUUUACCGCACCAUCACGGCGUCUAUAAGUGGUAUCCCGGGACCACCCACAGCCAUAUCUCCCCAGAGUCAGACGCGGUCGGCUUUGGUAACGCUACGGACACAUCCUCCCUCCGCAUCAAUCAGGGAUGAGACACCGGCACUACAUCUUCAGCAUGGCUAACAACUGGACGACGGCUUUUUCAAUCGACUGCAAAACCGUGAGGAAAGUGUCGGCGAUGCGAUUAGCAUCAUGGCCGUGUUGAUCCAACCAUGACGCCGACGGAAGUCCAAACUUCGUGCACACAGCUUUACAUUGACCAAGGCUAAUUGCAAUGCGCCACCGACUUUGAAGCCUGUGCCUCCAGACUUCACCUUGAAAGCAACAGCGCCACCCCCUGCCACGGGUACUUGUUCCGCGGAGAAUGGCGGGGUCAUUCACCACACAAUCUCUUGCGCAUCGAGCUGGCCAGGAGAGAAUCGAAUCCUCAUAUAGUGUUCCAUUGGCUUGGACUUGGUCAUGUUGUCUGCUUGAUACGGCUCCGGGUACGUCCUUCGCCUCCUGUUCAUGAGCAUCGGCCUGGUGUCUGGAUAGACCAUGAGGAUUGCCUCAGAGAUUUGUUCCCACCUCCUUGGGGCAGCGAAUUGCGUUCGCCAGAUCGACGGACAUACUGUACGUCUCAGUCGGUAAAGGACAAGUCGUACUCGACCAAAGCAUUUCAAAAGGCUGGCCGGCUCCUCAACAGAGUGUUGGGGAAAUGCCGAUUGGUCACGUCGUCCCAGUCAAAUCAAUGUUUAUGUGCUGAGAUAACAUAUAAAAGCCACCGCUCUUUCGGUCUUCGCGCCAAUGAAAUCGAAGGCAGUAGCAAACAGCUCUUUCUCUC